ACCACCACCAUCACAGAGACACCAGCUCCACGCGCCGAGAACGCCGCUCCAGCCGUGGACCUGACGGAGAGCACUCCGCCAUCAUCUCCCCCAGGGCAGGAGAUUAAAGAAGAGCCCAGUCUCCUCACCAGCCAGCAGAGAGCUGCCCGCAACGCGGAGGUAGCUCUGGAGAGCAUCCUCUUCCCGGAAGGAAUUCCGGUAGAGUUGGAGGACAUGGUUCUCCCUGACCACGACGACGACGGCGCCCAGGACCCGCCGCAGCGAGGACCCCUGUCUCCAGUCGUCGUGCUCGAGAGGCUGCCUCGACCAGAGGGACCGCAGUCCCAACCGGCCAGAGAGGCCCCCAUUUACCUCCAGGACUACUGGGACCCUGCACAUCCGACUGUGGAGAUCGGAUCCAGCUCCGCGAGCUCCAGUUCAUCCAGCUCGUCGAGCUGCAGCAGUUGCAGCCGCUGCUCUUCGAAGUCCGGGAACUCCACCAUCCGCAGUCCAGGACCAGCCGGAGACCCAGCCACCCCGCGACCAAGCGAGGGGGAGGGUCCGGACAGCACACCGGCACCCAGUAUCCAGAGCGCGGCCACCGAGUUCAUUGACCUCGGACCCCUCGAGGAACUCUCGCUGCCCAGCACAGUGCCCGCAGCAGAGUCACCGCCUCCAGCUCUCUCUCAUCCCGAGAAUGAGCUGGCCACACCACAUCCGCCGCCCACGGAUCCAAGGGCCGGCGAGAAAACGCCACCGCAUCCGCUCCUCACACCUGCCGGAGGAAGAACGGCCGGACCCUCCAGCAAGCCAGCUGAGACAUCCACGGCGAAACCACCACCUGUUUCGACCACCUCCAGCGCUCGCCCUCGGCCGGUCCCGCGAUCACCACCACGCCUCCAUGAUCGACGUGCUGAGAAGUAUUGGGCUCCCUUUGAAAGGGCCCCCAUCCGUUCGGCUGCUGCCGGACCGGCUUAUCCGUUCCCCCGUGAGGAGGAACGUAGGCCUCGUCAGGAAGACGAACCUCCAGAAGAUUCGGGGCUCCGUUUCUUCUGGCAACCGCCAGCGACAGCACCCACCAGCCGCAGAGCCGACUACGCGCCUGAGCAGUACGGGUAUUACACCUCGGCGGCCGCUAGCGCACCGCCCCGACCAGCUCUUGGGCGCGGGGCGAACGCCCGUUUCGGACCUCCUCCACCAAGUCAGGCAACCCGCUGGUCCAGAGAGACCAUCGAGGCUCUCCGAGGGAUCCUGGACCAAGCCCAGCGCAGCCAGCAGCAGAGUCCGGAGCGCAGGUACCCUCCCCGAUAA